AUGAUAAGGACCUUCACCACAAGCAUUACAAGACGACUACCUGUUCUCAACCAUGUUCGGUUAUAUCGAGCUCUUGCUAUAGAAUCUUCCUGUGACGACUCGUGCAUUGCACUUUUGGAACGCACCAAACCAAAUCAACCCCCGACAAUAAUAGACCAUGCAAAGAAAACGCUCCACUCUGCUGAUGUUGGUGGUAUAAUGCCCACAGCGGCAUAUACUUACCACAUGGCUACUAUUGCUAACAUGUGUCGAGACUUUUGCCACAAACAUGGUAUUUCUGCCACAUCACCGCCUGACCUCAUCUGUGUUACACGAGGUCCAGGAAUGGCAGGUUCGCUUAGUAGCUCAACUGAGUUUGCCAAGGGGUUAAGCGUGGCUUGGAAUGUGCCUUUGGUUGGAGUGCACCACAUGUUGGGUCACUUGUUGACAUCAUUCCUCCCGCAGUCUUCUCAACAACCGCAUGCUAACCCACCACAAUUUCCGUUCUUGAGCUUACUAUGCAGUGGCGGCCACACCUUACUUGUGUUGCUGAAGUCAAUAUCGGAACAUGAAAUCAUUAUCAAUGUCAGUGAUAUAGCUGUGGGUGAUUCAUUAGACAAGUGUGCCCGAGAAUUGGGAAUGUAUGGUAACAUGUUGGGUAGAGAGUUGGAAACAUUUAUAAACAAUAUACCCCAAAUUGAAAAAGACGAAUUUGAAGCCAUGAAUGUUGACACGAGAAUAGGUAAUAAGUAUAAAUUUCGAUUGACGUUGCCCUAUCAAACGCCCAAAAAUGGCAAGUUCAAUGAAGGGGGUAUUCAAUUUGCAUUUGCCCAAUUUUUAAGCAAUAUUCAAGAGUAUAAAAAGAAAUUUUACAUUUCUGACAGAAGUUCUGGUGAAUUUGACGAAAAGACUAAGCGAAUGAUUGCUUACAAGACGCAAGAGUUUGUAUUUGAUCAUAUAAUUGAUAGGAUCAAUCUAGCAUUAAAAACCCAUGGACUUCGUAAAAGUACAGCUGAUGGAAAGCUUGUCGGUGUUCGGGAUUUUGUGUGCUCAGGAGGUGUGGCUGCAAACAAGCGACUUCGUGAAAAGCUUUUUCGCGAUUUGAAAUUUGACGAAAUUGGUCCUGAUCCAUUCAAGUUUCAUUUCCCUGAUUUAUCAUUGUGUACUGAUAAUGCAAUCAUGAUUGGGUUGGCGGGGAUGGAGAUAUUUGAGAAGUUACAAUUGAAAACGGAUUUAAGUUUUACGCCAUUAAGAAAAUGGCCCUUGGAUGAGUUGACAACCGUUGAUUCAUGGACCAACGUAGAUGAAGAUGAGGUUAAUAGAGUUUGUAAAUAUUAA